ACGAACAUCAUCUGGUCCUCGCUGCCACCUCGCCAUAACUUGGCCUCUGCCAUCACUUGACCCUCGUUGUCACCUUACAAACCCCAGGCUGGCCACUUCCGAAGCCCCCGACGCCAUGGAGGAGUGGGAUGUACCCCAGAUGAAGAAGGAGGUCGAGAGCCUCAAGUACCAGCUGGCCUUCAAGAGGGAGAUGUCCUCCAAGACCAUCCCCGAGCUCCUCAAAUGGAUCGAGGAUGGCAUCCCCAAAGACCCCUUCCUGAACCCAGACCUGAUGAAGAACAACCCCUGGGUGGAGAAGGGCAAGUGUGCCAUCCUGUGAGCCCAGGCCCAACUCUGCUUGUGA